AUGGGCCGGGUUCUCGGCCUCGCCGAGCGCCUCUGGGCCGGGUUCUCGUACUCGCGGAAGCAGUGCCUCGCGAACGAGUCCGCGCUGUUCGACCACCUCCUGAAGGACCGGGGCCUGAAAUGGGUCGCGCACGACACCCCCGUGACGUCUAAACCCGACGACGUCGUGCACAGCGUGACGGUGAACGGCGACGCGACGGGCGGCGUGGACUUCGUCCUCGUCCACGGCUUCGCCAACGGAGGCGGCUGCUUCUUCAAAAACAUCGCCGCGCUCGGCGACAUGAAACUCGGGCGGACGCACCUCGUGGACUGGCGCGGCGCGGGGAUGAGCGGCCGCCCGCGCGGAGAAUUCCCGCCCACGAACGAGGACGAGGCGAUCGAGUACUUCGUGGACGGGUUAGAGGCGUGGAGGCGCGCGCGGCUCGGCGCGGACGGCGCGUUCGUCCUGCUCGGGCACAGCAUGGGCGGGCUCAUCGCCGCGCACUACGCGGACAGGCACCCGGACCGCGUCCGGGGUCUCGUCUUAGCCGGCCCGGCAGGCGUGAAGGCGGCGGACCCGGCGAGGAUCGCCGCGUUCAAGCGCCGAAGCCUGCGACACCGGUUCUUCUGGGCGGUCGCGACGGUGCUCUGGAACGCCGGCGCGACGCCGCAGGCGUUCGCGCGCGCGCUGCCGUUUCGAUGGUCCCCGAGCGCCGUGCGCGGAUACGCGACCAGACGCUGGCGCGCGCUCGAGUUUUUAGACGGCGACGCGAACGCGUUCGACGCGCUCGUGGAGUACGCCGCGGGGGUUAUCAUGAUGCGCGGCGUCUCCGAGCGUUCGAUGUCGCUCUUGUUGAAACCGCUCGGGCAGGCGCGGACGGAGAUCGGGCCCGUCGUGGAGAGGACGCCCGCGGAUCUUCCGGUUACGUUUUUGUACGGGGCGCACGACUGGAUGUCCCCGGCGUCCGGCGCGGAGGUGGUGGAGCGGAUGCGCGCGAACGGGCGGGCGAACGUGCGGUGCGCGAUACUGGACGACGCCGGGCACUACGCCUUCGUGGAUCAGCCGGAGAAGUCGCACGAAGUCAUCGAACACGCUUUGCGAAAGGCGCGAUGGCGAUAACGUAUGAUUGGUGCGCGGUGACGUCACUCCGCGGGCGCGUCGUCCGUAUUUAUCGUGUGUUGAAAGCUACUAGUGUACUC